GAUUAACUUCAACAGUCAGCCUCACCCAAGUAUGGAUCAGGUUCAGAACGACAGAAUCUUGAAAUACGCAGUGGUCAUUGAUUCUUGUGGUCUAUACGAGUUCCACAAUCGACAACAAUAGAAGAAAUCUUGCCAGGAGAAUUCUUGGGGCGGAUUGGAAGUAAAGGGAUGAUAUGCAAUGAGUGGGCGCCCCAGGUGGAGGUCUUGGCUCACAAUGCCGUGGGUGGGUUUGUGUCUCACUGUGACUGGAAUUCCAUACUGGAGAGCUUAUGGUUGGGGUUGCAUUGCAACAUGGCAUGUUUAUGCAGAACAACAACUGAAUGCAUUUGCGAUGGUGAGGGAGUUCGACUUUGCAGUUGAGCUAAUAUUAGAUUACAUGGACCGUAGAGAUGAUCAACUUGUGACAGCGGAGGAGAUUGGAAAUGCAAUAAAACAGCUUAUGGUGAUGAGUGAGAUGGCCAGGAAAGCUGUUGAGGAAGGUUGAUCCUCAUUUAAUGUUGUUGGAAAAUUGAUCAAUAGUAUCAUAGGAAGCAACUAGUCUUAUUCUAAGUUUCAUUUUAAUUUUGGGCUUCUUUUUGUCAAUGUGAAAUGGGAAUAAAUUAAUUAUCAGCUUGUUCUGUUUA